CAGACGCAGAGAGAAGGAACUGAGAGGUUGGACUUGCGGUCUUUUUUUGGACAUCCAGCCCAAGGAGGGAUGCUGUGAGGAUGCCUGGCAAAGUGAUGGAGCUCGAAAGCAGGCGGUCACGGUUACUCAGGAUGGACGAGCAGGACAGAGUAAGCCAAGCAUCCAGCGUGGCCACCAUCUCCUACUUCCCUGUCAUAAGGGAGAGCGAUGGAAAGGUGCAAGCAUUUGGGAAAAGAUGCCAGUCGGCCAAAAGAGACCCCAACUGUCUUGUGGUCAUCAGAGGAUGGCUCAAUAAAAAAGACAGCACUGGUUUGAAAUUAUGGAAGAGACGAUGGUUUGUUCUCUCCAACUACUGCUUGUUCUAUUAUAAAGACAGCAGAGAAGAAUUGGUGUUGGGCAGCAUUCCGCUCCCGAGUUACAAAAUCCUAUUUUGCACGCCGCGAGAAUGCAAAAACAGGAAGUUCACGUUCAAGGUGGUGCACCAGGGAAUGCGCUCGUAUUAUUUCAGCGCAGACACUCAAGAGGACAUGUUGGGUUGGGUCCGGGCACUCAGUCAAUCUGCUUGCAUGGAGACGGACAGUUCUAUGAGCAGACGCUGCUCAAGUUACCAAGAUUUCACUCAGAUGGGUGGCAGCAGUGAAUCAAUGGACCUCCAAAAAUCUCCCUCGGAUGAAGAGGGCUUGUCCCAAAAUCCCAGACAUGUCAGCAGAACUCUGAGUGAACCGAGCCAGCUCAGCGGCGGGAGGAUUGGGACGUCCUGUGCAGAGCAGAGGGGAAGGAGGAGCGUACAUCAGAGGAACAGAAGCCCUUCAGCCAGAACUCCAAGCCCUUGGGGUCCAAACCGCGAGGUGGAUUCCCUUCCCUUCGGCGCGGACCACAUGGGCGCACUGAUGCAAGCGGAAAUCCUGGGAACAGGUUCCUCGGCCUCCAGAGGUCAGCUGGGGUCACGCCCUCACACGCCGGUGGGAAGGGUUGACAUUCCACCCCAGGAUGACCCUGUCAUGGUGCCGGACACGCUGCACUACACACCUGUCUCGCCUAAAACCGAGUCCAAGUCCAAUCCCGGCACUCCACUCCCAGAGAGGUGGCAGAAUGUAAACAAGCCUUCACCGACAUAUGGAUCCGUGCAUCAUGUUGGGCGAAGACCUCUGGGAAAGAGCUACUCUGCUGGGGCCCACACAGACUCAUUGCCCCCUUUGCCCCCCUCAUCCAGAGCUGGACAUGCACAGCACCCAUCUAACCAUCACUUCCCUAACCGCAGUGUCCCCACAGUCCACGUGCCUUCAAAGUCUGAAUCGACACCAGCAAUCAGGCCUAUUGAAAGUGAUGUUGAUGCUGUGCUCACGAGGUUGUGCGGCUGCGACAAGCUCCUGCAGUCUUUGUCCGUAGAACUGUCUCAUCUACAAAUGGAUAAGGACAGCGUGCAGUGUGCUUUGGAGGUGUUGAGGCUGCAGCUGGAGGACUGGGGUAGCCAGGGACUACGAGCCCAGGAGGAGGCCAUGACCCAGAAGGCCUUGCUGCAAGAAGAGCUGGUCACAACCCGGGCCAGAAUGUGCGACGUGUCGUUGGAAAUGGAGCGAGUGUGGAGUCAGUAUGAGAGAAUGGAAAGUGAACUUUCUGUUUUUCGCUCACACAUGCAGCACAUUUGCAACUUUGGGAUGCCGCAGGAGCAGUCUCAAGCCCAGAGAGAGUUAUGGAUGAUGGAGGACAUCCUCGCCGGAUUAAAGGUCAACAGGGAUCACUUCCGCUUCCUCCUGGGACUACAGAGACACCACAUGUUCGAGUCCUCAGGGCCUCAUCCUGGAUCUCCUGGUUCUCCCAAAGAGAUGCCCCAUGGUCUGCCGUUAAACGUGGAAGAAGAACCACCCCUCCGUCCCCCUUUACCACAGGAGCUACAGCAACGCAUCCAGAGCAGGAACCAGGACCCAGGCUGGACAGAGUCCCCUUAUGAGGGGAUCUACUUGCUCGCUGAUCACAUUAAAAGAAGAGGCAAAAGCCAACCUGACCUCCUUAAUGCAAAAUCACACAAGGAUGCAUCUGCAUCUCAGUCGAGUGCUAAAUGGAUCACAGCAGACCCAACAGCCCAGUCAACCAAGAAGAUGAAGAUGAGUGAGGAGGAGCAGAUGGAGAGGAUGAGGAGGAACCAGGAGAGGAUGACUAAUAGGAAGAAACCUCCUAUACCAUCAGCAGCUGCAAAGGGCCAAAGUUUGGAAACACAGGAGGAGGCCCCUUUUCCUUUAAGGGUGACACGAGUCGUCACCGCCGUGCUGCCGUCCUCCCUUGUGGCUCGGCGGGUUUCCGUGGAAGAUCCCCCGCCCGAACUCCACACUCCACUGCCUGAGCAGGUCUCACCUGAAGUCCAGGGCCAAAAACACAAACCAUCCGUCAGGCGUCUUGUGUUGGAGCCUGCUGUUUCUAAAGAGGCGUCAAGGAUGCACAGUUGUGACAAAAGUACUAGCACUGAAAUCAAGGCGGACGAACGGACCUCUGUCCUGCUGACCUCUGACAUUGAACCGGAUCCCUGUAUGAGCCCCGAGCAGCGCGAGGCCAAACUCAGGCGUGUGGAGCGAAUACGGCAGCGAGUCAUGCAAAGUGCAGUUAGAGAGAGUGCCACAUCACCAAUCAAAGGAGAGGGGCUUCUUCAUGACACACCUGGAACGCAAAGAGCCACAUCAGAUCAUGAAACUAACUGCCAUUCAAAGACCUUCAGAAGUUCCCUGAGCUAUGUGUCUGCAGAACUGACAUCUGAAGAUAAAGAUAAACAACAUCCAUUAAAGCCGGGGCGCAAAACACAGCACAAAAGUUACACGCACACCAAAACCAAACGGCCACCAUCGCCACAUCACAUCUCGUCUAUGACCGUCUACCAGAAAGAUGGAAGCAAAAGCUUUGUGGGCUACCAGGAAGGUGAGCAGCAGGAGAAGAAUGAUGAUGAAGAAGGGAGUAUUUUAUCAUCUGAUCUAAGAUCCAAGUGGUUCCUCUCCACCAACCACCACCAUGAAUUCCUACCUUUGCACAUCCAAGACAUCUGUUAUGAGGGGAUCCCAGGCAAAGAGGACCAACCUGUUUGUCUUGAUGAUGGCAACGUGAUGUCCUCCACGGUCAGUCAGAGCUUAGAGAAAAUGAAAGAAAACCACUCGCUCUUCUAUAAGAUCGCUUGCGACAUCAGCAUCUCAGACACGGACAUCACCAGGAACGAAUCCUGCAUAUCCCCUCACCUGGAAGACCAAGAGGAGCUGGUCAUCACGGAAUGUGAAGUUGGAAGAAGGUCUGACCAGGAGAGCAAGGACUUCGGCCAAGGGUUGCCAGAUGUAAACCAUCACUCAAACGGCCACAACAUAAAUGAUGCGCUCAAGCUGAGCAUUAAAGAAAGCAGACCUCCUGAUCAGGUCUUGGAAUGUGACCAUGAGGAGAACGGUGGGAUCAAAGCGCCACGCAAGAACAAGGGUGUCAGUCGGAGAGCCUCCUUCCAAAAUGCAAAGGUCACCGUUUUAAGGACCAGUUUGUAGAGAACAGCUUUGGAUCAGAAGACUCGGAAUGCUCAAUCAAUGUUAUUUAUACAGCCCUAAAUCACAAGUGUCUCAAAGAGCUGCACAAGCCGCAACGAAAUCCUCGGUACAGACCCCACAUAAGGGCAAGGAAAAACUCACCCCAGUGGGACGUCGAUGUAAAUGACGAUGAGAAACCUUGGAUAGGACCGCAUAUGUGGGUAACCCCCCCCCCCCCCCCCCCCCCUCUAGGGGAGACCGCAAUGGAUGUCGAGUGGGUCUGACAUAAUAUUGUGAAAGUCCAGUCCAUAGUGGAUCCAACAUAUCAGCGAAAGUCCAGCCCAUAGUGGAUCCAACAUAAUAGUGAGAGUCCAGUCCAUAGUGGGGCCAGCAUACUAAAGUAUUGUAUCAAUUCAGCCUUCAAUCCACAUGGCAAUGACGUUAUGACUGCACUGCAACCAUAUUUUUUGGGAACAGGUUCCUUUUUGCUAACCGUGAUGUGACUAAAAACGAGACAACCCUGUGCGCAACAACUCGCAUAACCAAUUCUACUACGACUUCGAAGAGACUCUGAUUUCUUGUGUGCGUUCGCCAUCAUCUUUCCGUGUUGAUGUGUAGCGCAGGACGACGGACUUUAUUUGAUUUUAUUUUCCUUCUUCUAUAGUACGCGUCCGGUGCCACUGUGUGUUUACAACACCACACGUAGGUGUGGCAUAUGUAUUACAUUGUUUUCUCCCGUCUGGACGGGAGCAUUACGUGAGUAUCGGGCACAUAUAUAAACUAGUGCUGUCAAAUGAUUGAUUCAUCAGAUUAUUCACACUUUUGAAUUUGUACUAAUCACAUGUUAUUACUCGAUUGCAUUUUUAAAGAUUUGUCUUAAAGGACCUAAGUAUUUGGGCACAAAUGCAAUUUGAUUGUCAAAAUGUUAAACAGGAAAACAUUUAAAAUGUGUUACUUGAAUGCAUGUCACUUAUUUUCAUAAAAUGUAACAGUUUUAUCUAAGAAGGGUACAUUUUGACGUGAUUUUUGCCAGCGACCAGUCGCAGUGCACUGAUCACUGACCGUAUAACAACCCUUUCAGGCAGGGGUGUCCAAAGUGCGGCCCGGGUAAACAGGUAAUUCUUUAACGGCCCCACGGCACAUUCUAAAAAUACGAUUAAAAAAAAUCAAAACAUAAAAAGUGGUAUAAAAGAGCAA